AUGGCUGCCCUGCAACCCCGAAGCUGGCUGCACCUGCCCUGGGACCCCGAGCUGGCCAAAGACGCCCAGAGCUGCCUCCGCCUGGCCUGGGACGCCCGGAGCUGCCCUGGGACCCCCGAACCCCCUGCACCCUGGGACACCCUGAGCUGGCUGCGCCUGCCUCGGGCCGGAGCCCGGAGCCCAAGGCAGGCGCAGCCAGCUCAUGGGUUCCCAGGGCAGCUCCCAGCUCCGGGGAAGUCCGAGGCCAGGCGGAUGCCUGCCAGCUCAGGGGGUCCCAGCUCCGGGGAGAGCCAGCUCUGGGGUCUCAGGGUGCGUCUUGGGCGGAGCUGCCCCUGUGACCCCCGGAGGCCCUGGGACCCCGUGAGCUGGCUGCGCCUGCGCUCCGCCAAGCCGGACUGGGAGCUGGCUCUGCCCUGGGGACCCCAGAGCUGGCCCCCGUGGGACCUCGUGAGCUGGCUGCGCCUCGCGCUCCGCCAAGACGCGGGGCCCCCUGAGCUGGCUGCGCCCCUGGCUCCGCCUGCGCCCCAAAGACGCGGGCUCCGCCUGGCCUGGACUCCCAAGACGCCCGCCCCUCUGCCCUGGGACCCCGGAGCUGGCUGCGCCCGACACCUGGGACCCCCAGAGCCAGCUGUGGGUUGGGGAGCUGGCUCCGGCUGCCUGGCCUGGGACCCCAAGACGCCCGGAGCUGCCUGGGACCUCGGAGACGUGUGCGUCCUGUCGAGCAAGAAGGGAUUCAUCAAGUACUGCCUGCAGUUUGGAUAUCGAGCUCAUCCCGUGUACACCUUCGGAGAGUGCGAAACGUACCACACUUUCCGGGGCUUCAAGCGCCUGAGGAUGAAAGUCGCGAAGAACAACGUGCCCGCUCUCGCCUUCUUUGGGUGGCCCUGUUUGCCCUUUCUGCCGCGACCGCAGUCCAAGAUCCUGACCUACGCGCGGAACCCAAGCUUCGACUCCACGGACAGAGUUCGACCCUUUUUGUUGUUUUUGUUUGGUUUUUUGUAG